AUGAGUGUCUCAUCACUACGGAAUUGUAUCGGCAAUUCUGUCACCAAGACAGCCGGUGUGCGAUAUGCAUCAACGACCUCGGUGACUGCGAGACAGCCACCGAAUCGUCCAGAACAUGGAGAGCAAAUAUAUGUUUACAAUCAUUUACAGACGAAUCAGGUUGUUUACUCACUUACUAAAGGAAUGAAUAACAAUGCAUCUCUCGCCCAACUCCCAUACAAUGGCAAAAAAACCCGCCCCGCCGCCCUCCGCAAAGACCACUGGCAUCCCAUGGCCCUAAUAACGUUUCCGCCAGGGACCUCCUCCUCUGGCCUCAGCGCCUUCCAAAAACUUCGCGAAUUUCGCAAACGACACGAAUUAUCCUGGGACCCUACUUCCCCGCUCUUCAAGCGCAUCCCCGGACCCAACGAAACAGACCAUCAAAAAUCCAAAACUCAUUUGGCGUCUAAACUUCGUUCUCGCAAGAUUAAUGAUCAAAAAGCUAAUACUGUCGCUGAUAUGGCCGCUGUUUUAAAAGAAAUUAGAUAUGGAAGUGAGAGAAUAGGUUUAGAAGGAAUAGGCAAAGAGGGCAUUGUGGAAGUAAAAUGGAGCGAUCUCGCAGACGCAAGUUACGCAGGUGAAGGAUCCGACGUAUGGGGCGAAGCUGUUCUUCACGAUACAUUACCGUGGGAUCGCAAUAAUCGGGAAAUCCGCAAGAAACAAGCCCUCAGCACCGAAGAACAAGCCGAAUGGAAAGCUGCGCGCCAAGCUAAAAAAGAAGCAAAUGAAGAAAAGAAGAGGAAGAACAGAGAGCUACUUGAACAAAAUAUGAGAUUAAGAGAAGAGAGAUGGGCAAAACAUCUAGCGCUGAUGGAAAGUCAUCGCGCAAUGGGAAAGGGUCCAAAAGUUCUACCAACAAGGAUUAGACAAUCUCCACAAGAAAACUGGCAGCAGGCAAGACAAGCACAACUGGAAAAAUUAGCAUGGAUGGAACGAACGGGUGGAUCAGAAGCGGGAUAUAAAAAAUCUCUUGAAGCUGAGACAGUGGAUGCGAUCAAGACACAGGAAUUAAAGCUUGAAUCUGAACCUGGAGCUGAACCAUUGGGUUUAGGAGAGGAGCCAAAGGAAGUUCCCGCUACUAAGAUUAUUUAA